AUGAAGACUCUUGUUCUGAUUGCCCUGUUGGCCUUCUUAGUUGGGACUGUUACUCAGGCUGCAACAACUGAUGAGGCGCAGGCCAAGGACGAGGCUGUCGAUGUAAGUGAUGAGAGAUCUGAAGAUGAUCUGCGUGAAGACAACGCCCUUGGCGAUGAUGACGAAGACGAAGAUGCAGAUGAAGAAGAAGAAGAAGGCGAAGAAGACGAAGAAGACGAAGACGAUUUAGAAAGCGAAGACUCCGUUAACGAUGAAGACUAUGAUGACGAGGAAGAUCCUGAAAGGUAAAUUUUUAGCCUUUUUCGUUCUCAGCACGUUGAUAGGCCGAAGUUUUAUCUUUGAAUCUUUGUGCAUAAAACUCCCGAUGCGGCAUGUAAAUGAAAUUUCUUUAGAAGUUCCAAAUGGUUCUAUUUAUGUUUUUGUUAUUUCACGAAAUAAAAUUUGUUAUAACUGAUUUAAAUUGUUCUAACGGAACUCCGUUGAGUAUGAAGGAGGCUUUCACGACCCAGUAAAUUUCAGCAAGAAGACUAGGGGAAUUAAAUGACAUGCGCAAUUCCGUUUUAAGUAACCUGGCCAAAAUGAAUUCCUAUCUUUACGUAUUUCGAAUAGACCUUAUUCGCGAUAACUGCCAUCUUUGCACGUGCUUAACGCGUGGUAGGAAAAAGGCAAUGUCAUGUGGUUCCUCAGGGGACAACAAAAGAUAAAAUCUGCCAAUAAUAAAAGAAAUCGCGGUCAGGUCUUAGUGCAUGAUAUCUCAAAAAACGGCUGCGAGGGAGACUAGUAUUCUAGACAAUACAAAUUGAAGAACUUACUUUUACCUUGAUUACGAUAACGGCAAAUUACAAGUGGAAGUCAACCUCAUAUCCAGGCCUUUUCCCUUUUUUCUGACGGAAAAGCCCUGGAACGAUGUUGAGUGGAAGUGAUGAUUGCAAUUCUUUUCUGGAUGCAGUAGCGACUUAAUUAGAUGUCUUCACGGCAAGCAUUACUGACGUUAAUCUUGUCGAAACUCGAACUGUACAUUUUGCAAGACGAAGAGUUGUUUUGAGAGAAUAAACAAACUCGGCCUUAGUUACUCGUAUUGCCAAUUUUUUUCAGUAUUUCACUUGUACGUUUCCCCUCGAAAUACCUCUUGGAAAAGCUUUUAUCUCGUGUAUCAGUUCUAAAGGGCAUCCAAAGACGGCGGCUAUCGUGAAUAAUCUGCUGUAACGAGUUUUACAAAGAACUAUAAAUGGCGCAUGUCAAUUUUAAUUAACCAGCACCUUGCAGGUUAAAAAAAAAGAUAUUUUCUCUCGCUAUAGUUCUGGCCCUGAGGAAGGCCAAUUUUGUUACCCAAAAUAUUAGCCUAUAAUAAAUCAGCUCUUUGCCGUAGUGCCAGCCCUGCUUUCAGUUUUGGUCAGUUUUUUGCUCGUUUAAGCUACUACUUUUCUGCUCGCGUACCUUAGAGGGGCUCUGAAAUUGAUGAGUACGGCGAAACACUCGAAAUUCUCCUUCCUGUAGCUUAUUUAUUUUCUACUGAGGAAGAGUUUUAAGUCUAUUUAGCUAAAUUUAAGACAACAAGAAAUGAUUUAAGCUGUAUAGUAAGUUUUUAUCAACAGUCAACUACUGUCAAACUAAGAAAACCGCGAACAACUGAAACGUUAUAACCAACUAUGAGCUAGGCUCAUGAUACACCAAUCUCUAACAACCAUGGUGGUACAAAUAGUUUCGAGUUCUGCUCAGUCAUUCGACACUAUUGCAUGAUCGCCUCUGAUGCCGAGACCUUCAUGUCACUACGCGGUCGAAACGUCGCGAUCAAUAUCUAAGUGACAAUCGUGAGACAAACAUAAUAAUUUCAAAAAUGUUUCUUGCCUGAUGACCAGUCACAGGAGAUAUCAGGACACGCCAGACACGUGUGGGACGCGCGAACAAACCACAAAACUCCAAACUAAUGAACAUUGCUGCUUGCAGUUUACUCUGAUCAUGGCUUUGAUCAUGUCUUCCCUUGUUCCUUUCCUUGUUGAUGAAACACAAAUAAUCAUCAGAAACAUUGCUGGUGUUCAUGGUUUUCUUAGUUUUACUAAAAUUGACAAAUGGCUAAACUCAUACUGCCAACUGGCAUUUUUCUACCUCAAACAUGCAACUGACGGACAUUUUCGAAAGCAGCAGUUGUUUCAUCUGCUCAAAACUGAUACAAAAGAAGAGAGAAAAGAAAGAAAACAAUACAUUGUAAAUAACUGAUUAAACUGUUCUAGGAGCUGAAUAAUUUCUUCGCGUUUUACUUAUUCUUUUGCCUUCUGCUUAAUCUUCCUCAGGGAUAUAGAUCGUCAGCAGGACGCAAAGGCGUGGCGCCCAAGNAGUAGCGACUUUAGAUGUGUUCACGGUAAGCAUUACUGACGUUAAUCUUGUCGAAACUCGAACUGUACAUUUUGCAAGACAAAGAGUUGUUUUGAGAGAAUAAACAAACUCGGCCUUAAUUACUCGUAUUGCCAAUUUUUUUCAGUUUUUCACUUGUACGUUUCCCCUCGAAAUACCUCUUGACAAAGCUUUUAUCCCGUGUAUUAAUUCUAAAGGGCAUCCAAAGACGGCGGCUAUCGUGAAUAAUCUGCUGUAACGAGUUUUACAAAGAACUAUAAAUGGCGCAUGUCAAUUUUAAUUAACCAGCACCUUGCAGGUUAAAAAAAAAAAGAUAUUUUCUCUCGGUAUAGUUCUGGCCCUGAGGAAGGCCAAUUUUGUUACCCAAAAUAUUAGCCUAUAAUAAAUCAGCUCUUUGCCGUAGAGCCAGCCCUGCAUUCAGUUUUGGUCAGUUUUUUGCUCGUUUAAGCUACUACUUUUCUGCUCGCGUACCUUAGAGGGGCUCUGAAAUUGAUGAGUACGGCGAAACACUCGAAAUUCUCCUUCCUGUAGCUUAUUUAUUUUCUACUGAGGAAGAGUUUUAAGUCUAUUUAGCUAAAUUUAAGACAACAAGAAAUGAUUUAAGCUGUAUAGUAAGUUUUUAUCAACAGUCAACUACUGUCAAACUAAGAAAACCGCGAACAACUGAAACGUUAUAACCAACUAUGAGCUAGGCUCAUGAUACACCAAUCUCUAACAACCAUGGUGGUACAAAUAGUUUCGAGUUCUGCUCAGUCAUUCGACACUAUUGCAUGAUCGCCUCUGAUGCCGAGACCUUCAUGUCACUACGCGGUCGAAACGUCGCGAUCAAUAUCUAAGUGACAAUCGUGAGACAAACAUAAUAAUUUCAAAAAUGUUUCUUGCCUGAUGACCAGUCACAGGAGAUAUCAGGACACGCCAGACACGUGUGGGACGCGCGAACAAACCACAAAACUCCAAACUAAUGAACAUUGCUUCUUGCAGUUUACUCUGAUCAUGGCUUUGAUCAUGUCUUCCCUUGUUCCUUUCCUUGUUGAUGAAACACAAAUAAUCAUCAGAAACAUUGCUGGUGUUCAUGGUUUUCUUAGUUUUACUAAAAUUGACAAAUGGCUAAACUCAUACUGCCAACUGGCAUUUUUCUACCUCAAACAUGCAACUGACGGACAUUUUCGAAAGCAGCAGUUGUUUCAUCUGCUCAAAACUGAUACAAAAGAAGAGAGAAAAGAAAGAAAACAAUACAUUGUAAAUAACUGAUUAAACUGUUCUAGGAGCUGAAUAAUUUCUUCGCGUUUUACUUAUUCUUUUGCCUUCUGCUUAAUCUUCCUCAGGGAUAUAGAUCGUCAGCAGGACGCAAAGGCGUGGCGCCCAAGAAUCCCGAGAAUUCCACGUCCAAGGUUCCCGAGAUUUCCACGUCCAAGGUUCCCGAGAUUUCCACGUCCAAGGUUUCCCAGAAUCCCACGUCCAAGGUUUCCCAGAAUCCCACGUCCGAGGUUCCCCAGAAUUCCACGUCCAAGGUUCCCGAGAUUUCCACGUCCAAGGUUUCCCAGAAUCCCACGUCCAAGGUUUCCCAGAAUCCCACGUCCGAGGUUCCCCAGAAUUCCACGUCCAAGGUUCCGCGGUUGGGGAAAGAAGUGAUCGAUCAAACGCGACUUUGUGACGAGGAAAAUGGUCUUGAAGCGAGUGUGUUAGAUAAGGUUAAGCUAAAAAAGAACUAA